AUGUCAGAUCUUCAUGUACUUGUAUUACGGUUCAAUGGUUUCCAUGGGAACAUUCAUUGCUCACGAGUGAGUUCCAACUGGACCGCUCUUCAAAUCAUGGACCUAUCUUCCAACAAUUUAGGGGGUGUUCUUCCCCGAGGUUCAUUCUUGGAGCUAAAAGCAAUGAUGGCUGACCCAUCUUUAACACAUUCACGCUCUGAUAUCUUGCAUUAUGAGUCUCAAUCUGUUAGGCCAAUAUACUAUCAGGACAGAGUCACUCUUUCUCUUAAAGGACAUUAUGUUACACAGACAAAGAUCUUUCUCUUCUUCACCUCCAUUGAUUUUUCAAGUAACAAUUUUGUGGGGAAUAUACCAGAGACAGUUGGAGAUCUCAAAUCACUUUAUCUUCUCAAUAUUUCACACAACAAUCUCACGGGUCAAAUCCCUCCAGCAGUUGGAAAUUUGAAGCAAUUGGGAUCACUGGACCUAUCAUUCAACAAGUUAGGUGGCAAUAUCCCAGAAAAGCUUGCUAGCCUCACAUUUCUUUCCUUCAUAAAUUUAUCAUACAAUGAAUUGGUUGGAAUGAUUCCACGAGGCAACCAACUUCAAACAUUUGGAGAAAGUUCUUUUGCAGGAAACAAGGGGCUAUGUGGGUUUCCGCUGAACAGUUGCAAAAAUCAUUCAGCAGUGACACCUUCAGAGCCAGAAGUUGAAGAGGACAAAUUCAUUUCAAGGACAGAGACUUAUGUAAGCGUUACACUGGGAUUUGUUGGUGGUGUUGGGAGCAUCUUUCUACCACUUCUGUUCUCAGAAAGAUGGAACCAGUCGUACAACAAAAUAAUUGACAGAUUUAUUUUAAGGAUAUUUCAGCAGCAAAAUCAAGAUGGGAGAACUAGUAAGAGCAGUAGUGCAGCAUCUCGGAAGAAGGCAGAAGGGAAAUCAAGAGUCAGUCAUUAA